UUUAGACCGUCUGCAAACUCUGCUUAGGUGAGUCUGUCGGCUGAACUCCGGGCUGGUUCGACCCUGCACCUGAGAAGCAGCGGAUGCAGAGAGCCAUCGCUGCGCGUGCUAAAGCAGAGACAGAGGAACGGGCUAACGAUUGGAUUUAUAGCGAGCUUCUUACUACGGUGAAAAGACAAGCUGAUGUGAGAAAGGAGAUAUGUCCAUUAUGGGAAGGUGCCGUGAACUCCAUCUCCUGGUUCUUCUUGCAUUCGUGUUCAAUGGAGAGAAAAGUCAGGCGCAAAGAGCAGGUUGCAAGAACGUUCACUAUGACCUUGUUUUCAUCUUGGAUGCCUCCUCCAGCGUUGGAAAAGAAGAUUUUGAGAAGGUUCGACAGUGGGUGUCUAAUUUGGUGGAAACUUUUGAGAUUGGCCCAGAUAAAACCCGAGUAGGUGUGGUGCGGUACAGCGAUCGGCCGACCACGGAGUUUGACCUGGGAAGAUAUAGAACUCGUGAGGAAAUCAAACAAGCUGCACAAAAAAUUAAGUAUUAUGGGGGUAAUACAAACACUGGAGAUGCUCUCAGGUACAUCAACACUUACAGUUUUUCCAAAGAAGCGGGUGGGAGACUUAGUGACCAAACAGUUAAAAAGGUAGCUAUCCUUCUGACGGAUGGAAGGAGCCAGGAUCAUGUCUUAGAUGCAGCCACUGCAGCCCGUCAGGCUGGGAUUAGACUCUUUGCUGUGGGUGUUGGCGAAGCCUUAAAAGAAGAACUGGAUGAAAUCGCUUCAGAACCCAAGUCUGCUCAUGUGUUUCAUGUCUCUGAUUACAAUGCCAUCGAUAAAAUUCGAGGGAAGUUGAGAAGACGCCUUUGUGAAAAUGUUCUGUGUCCAAAUGUCCGUGUGGAAGGAGAUCGAUUCAGACACACCAGUGGGGAGACUGAUGAAGUUCCAGGAUUUGACCUGAUGGAUUCAUUCAGUGUGAAACAAAUUUUUGGAAUGAAGGAAAGCGGAAUUCAGAGCUCUUACGUACGACUUGGAAGUUUCCCCAUUGUUCAGAAAACUGAAGAUGUGUUCCCACAAGGUCUGCCUGAUGAAUAUGCUUUUGUAACUACCUUCAAAUUCCGGAAGGCUUCCAGGAGAGAAGACUGGUAUAUUUGGCAGAUCAUUGACAAGUAUGGCAUACCGCAGGUCUCAAUCCGACUGGACGGAGAGAACAAGGCAGUGGAGUACAACGCCAUAGGGCUCACCAAGGACGCUGUGAGAGUGGUCUUUCGAAACACUCGAGUCAGUGAUCUUUUUGACCGCAGCUGGCAUAAAAUCGCCCUCAGCAUUCAGUCAGAGACUGUUGCCCUUUACAUAGACUGCAGACUGGUGCAGACACUGCCUAUUGAAGACAGGGAAAAUAUCGACAUUCAAGGAAAGACUGUGAUUGGCAAACGCUUGUAUGAUAGCGUUCCCAUUGACUUUGAUCUUCAGCGGAUGGUUAUUUACUGUGAUUCUCGACAUGCUGAGCUGGAAACCUGCUGUGACAUUCCUUCUGGACCAUGCCAGGUCACAGUCCUGACGGAAGCACCACACCUCGAAGCGAGGCCCACUGUUGGCAAUGAACAAGUUGGCCACCUCAAGACUGUCAAUUGCUCCUGUCCAGCUGGAGAAAAGGGGGAGAGAGGUCAAGUUGGUCCUGAAGGUCCUAGAGGUCAAAAGGGAGAAAGCGGCAGCCAAGGACUUCCUGGGCUCCGAGGAGAAAAAGGAGAGUCAGGCAGAGCAUAUGGCAGAGGAGAAAAAGGUGAAAAGGGUGAUGAAGGACUUCAAGGCUUUCCUGGGUUGAAAGGUGAAAAAGGAGAAAAGGGGUCCCUUGGCUCACCUGGCCCCCCUGGGAAGGAUGGAGCAAAAGGAGAAACCGGUGAACCAGGACAGCCAGGAGCAUUUGGACUGCCUGGGCCAGCAGGUCCAAAGGGGUCUGAAGGAAAACAGGGUCCUCCAGGAAUUAAAGGCUACGUAGGAGCACCGGGUCUACAAGGAGAAAGAGGAGAAAAGGGAACGCGAGGAGACAAGGGAGAACAAGGCCUAGAUGGGUUCCCUGGAAAGCCGGGUGCGGAGGGGAAACAGGGCCCUGCUGGCAGCCCAGGCCCUCCAGGUGCCAGUGGGAGCAAAGGAGAAAAGGGUGAGCCAGGGCUCCCAGGACUGCCAGGCACUUCUGUACAUACUGAAGGCAUAAAAGGAGAGCGGGGAGAGCCUGGACCACGAGGACCACAGGGCCAGCCUGGACUUACUGGACCUCCAGGAGUGGCUGGUCCAGAAGGCAAGCCUGGACUCCCUGGUUUACCAGGUCAAAGGGGUAAGAAAGGGGAACCUGGAUUCCCAGGAAUCAACGGUCUGCUUGGACCUCAAGGACCUCCAGGGCUCCCGGGCAUUGCUGGACCUCCUGGACCCCCUGGAGCACCAGGGCUGCCAGGAGAGAUCGGUGUUGCUGGUAAAACCGGACCGCCAGGAUCACCUGGGUUGCCUGGCAAAGAUGGAUUAAAUGGUCUUCCUGGACUUCCAGGUCAGAAGGGAGAACCAGGAGAAAAGGGUGAGGAAGGCUUUCCUGGAAAAGCUGGUCCCAAGGGUGAACCAGGGAGCCGUGGCCAAACUGGUGAACAGGGUGAAGCAGGUCUUCCUGGCCCCCAAGGUUUACCUGGACUGAGAGGAGAGAAGGGAGAUCGGGGAGAAAAAGGAAAAGAUGGCCUCCCUGGAUUCAAAGGUGAAAGAGGAGAAAAGGGUGAUAUGGGUUCCCCUGGACCACCAGGCUUGCCUGGAACAACAGCCUUCUUUACCCCACACCCCAGAAUUCCUGGUGAACCUGGACCAAAAGGGGAAAAAGGAGAUCGAGGAACCAGCGGAGAACCUGGAUUACCUGGGGUCCCAGGUGAACAGGGUGUCCCAGGACCUGCAGGACUUGAGGGCACAAAGGGGCAGAAAGGAGCCCGAGGAGAAGCUGGAGCCCCUGGAGAGACUGGUGCAGCUGGACCAGCAGGACCCCCAGGUCCAAGAGGCUUACCAGGAAAUGUGGGAAUGCCUGGAGGCUCGGGGCUACCAGGAAAGGAUGGAGAAAAGGGGGAAAAGGGUGAUCCAGGAAAAGAAGGAAAACCAGGUGUACCCGGUCCAGCUGGUGAGCCAGGACCUGCUGGAGAGCCCGGUGGGCCCGGCAAGGGUAAAGAUGGAGAACAGGGAGAAAGAGGCCCACCAGGCUUGCCAGGACCUUCUGGGCAUAAGGGGGAAAGAGGAGCUCCUGGCCUUCCUGGGCAGCCCGGAGAUAGAGGUGUUCCAGGAAUCGGGCUGGCUGGACCCCCUGGCCCUGUAGGACCCCCGGGAGACAAAGGGUCAUUGGGUCCCCGAGGUGUACCUGGUAUCCCUGGGCCGCAGGGGCCUCCUGGCCAGGAUGGUCUUCCUGGAAAUCCAGGGGAAAGGGGACCUCCUGGAAAACCAGGUUCUUCUCCCCUACUCUCUCCAGAGGACAUAAAUCUUUUAGUCAAGGAUGUGUGCAGUGACUGUCCCCCUGGCCCACCAGGACUACCAGGCAUUCCAGGUUUCAAAGGUGAUAAAGGUCUCCGAGGAACACCAGGUAGAGAUGGCCAGGAUGGUAAAAUGGGUGUUGCUGGUCCCAGAGGUCCUGCAGGCCCACCUGGGCUGGAUGGCCCAAAGGGUGCUAAAGGAGACCGUGGUACAACAGGAAUUGCAGGAGAAAAAGGCGAGCAGGGCCAUCCUGGAAUGCCAGGCUUCUCAGGGCCUCCUGGAAACCCUGGUCCACCUGGACCAGAUGGGGCACCGGGGCUAAUAGGACCAGCAGGAAACCCAGGAGAUACAGGUAAAGAUGGCCCUCCAGGUCCACAGGGACCACCAGGGGUGCCUGGACUUCCGGGCAUUGCUGGAAAUGACGGCAAAGAUGGCAAGCCAGGAUCCCUUGGGGAACCGGGAAAACCUGGAGAACCAGGACUGCCUGGCCAGGAGGGUGCCAGAGGCUUACCGGGUUUCAAAGGACAGAGAGGAGAUGCAGGUCCCCCAGGUCCCCGGGGGGAGCCAGGUGCGACAGGUCCUGCUGGGCGUGAGGGGCCACCAGGGAAGGAUGGUGAUACCGGUCCCAUAGGACCACAAGGUCCUCGAGGACUCAGAGGGCAGCCGGGGAAGAAUGGAUCGCCUGGACUGGCAGGAGAACCUGGCCCAGCAGGUAACCCAGGCCCAAAAGGAAAUAAAGGAGAAAAUGGCAGCCCAGGACUCCCAGGUUUUGUAGGACCUCGAGGACCACCUGGAGAACCAGGAGAGAAAGGUCCUCCAGGAAAAGAGGGUGUACCAGGGAAACCAGGCGAAAGUGGCUCCAAAGGAGAGAGGGGAGAGCCUGGCGUCAAAGGUGAAAAAGGCUCUCAAGGAGAAAAGGGGCCUCCAGGUGACCCUGGAAUACCUGGUCAUAAAGGCCAUCCGGGACUGAUGGGUCCUCACGGACCUCCAGGAGACAAUGGGCAAGUUGGACCUCCUGGUCCCCCAGGACAGCCAGGAUUUCCUGGACCACGGGGGGAAUCACCAUCUCUGGAGACUUUGAGAAGGCUAAUCCAAGAGGAGUUAGCAAAGCAGCUAGAUGCAAAGUUAGCCUAUCUCUUGGCUCAGAUACAGCCUGCACAUGUGAAAGCAUCCCAUGGCAGACCAGGACCUCCUGGUCCCCCUGGGAAGGAAGGACUCCCAGGAAGAACCGGUCCUCCAGGAGAGCCUGGCCGACCUGGACAGACUGGGUCUGAAGGGCCACCUGGACCAAUUGGUCCCAAAGGAGAAAGAGGAGCAAAGGGUGAGAAAGGAGAUACUGGUGUUGGUCAACGAGGAGAUAUAGGUCCUCCAGGAAUUCCAGGCCUCCCAGGGGAGCCUGGCUAUGCCAAAGAUGGGAUGCCAGGACCACCUGGCCCUCAAGGUGAAGCUGGGGUGCCUGGCCACAUGGGCCCACAGGGACCUCCAGGAGCCAAUGGACAGUGUGACCCCACUCAGUGUGCCUACUAUGCAAGCCUGGCUGCCAGGCCUGGCAAUGUCAAAGGGCCCUAGCAUGCGGGGAAUAUCCUCAGACUUGUUUUUAAAACUUGAAUUCAACAAGCCUGCCAAGAGCUAUCGGAUGUUUUCAACUAUCUUUCUUUCAUGGCAGGCCUUUUAGGUGAUUAAAGCCAACAAAUGCUGCCGGUCGGUCAAUUAUUUUUGUUAUAAUUAUUAUCUUCUUUGAUGUGACAUGUGGCUUUGGUUUUGUUUUCUCUAACAUCAGGGCAUAUUAAAACAUUAAAAACAAUUGUUUUUCUUUUGAAGAGCAUGAGAUGUCGAUGCAUCAUAUAGCUGCUUCUGCAAAACCACUCUGGUGCCAAAUUUUUCCUCUUCUAUCUGGUUAGUUCUUUUCAAAGCUUUACCCUUUAUCCUUAAAACUCGAAUUAAAUCCUGCACUGUUCAGUCGAGAGCAUUAAUGGUGAGACAUAGGCUAACUGAAGGAUUGCUGAUGCUAACUGCAGUGCACAUGGAGGCGAGGCAGGCAAGGCCAUGCUGGAGUCUCCAGUGCAUUCAACUCAGAAUGGACGGUCAGCUAUGGACAGACAAUGCGUGUUUCCCAGAAGGCCUUUUAAAUUUAUUGUUCUUCUGCUUAUAAAGGACAGAAAUUUGAAUCGUAUAGAAGCCGCUUUUUAUGGGGCCAUGAGGGAUCUCACAGUAAGGCCUGAGAAGACCACAGAGACGGUCUAAAUCUCACUUUCCCUUUGCAAGAACUUCAGAAGACAGAGGAUUUGUUCCUAUCUGCUGGAGUUUGUCUUCUUGCUAUCAAGGAGAUGCCUCUGCAAAAAGUCACAAGGUUGCCCUCUGUCAGCUCAGGGAUGCUGACUUCCCUUUUCACUGUCAAUGCAAAGACAGCUCCCCUUCCAUCUAACUCUGCUUCACCCCCCAAAAUCAGCCAGUGCACCACAGAAAGUCUCCUGGCCUUAAAAAUCUCAGGAACCUGAGUAGGACCCAACUUCACUGUUUAUGAUAAUCCACCAUGGCAAUAACUUGGCAAUGCUGGUUUUUUUGAGAGAGUAGAUGAGAGGUUGUGGGCUGAUCUAGGAGAAUGCUGGUCUCUGAGGAAGGGAUUCAGAGCAGAGAGGCAUUCAGAAAUCCAGUGGAUCAAGGGAAACUGUGUUGAAGACAAAGCAAAAAAUCAGAAAUGGGCCCCUUUCCCCUAUCAGCUAAUAGCUAAAAUCAAUGUGGGGACGCAGUGAAAAAAUAAAAAGGGGAUGGAGCCUGAGAAGAACUUCAGAACAGGUCAUUUCUAACCCUCUGGCUGAGGCAUGCCCACACACAAAGGGAUAGAUCGGGGAGGUGAUCAGGCCUUGGACAUAUGUGCCAGCAAAGCAGCUGCAUCUUUGAAACUGUUCUGCACUAAGCAGUUUGUACUGGGAGAUCGAAGUAAUGAACCUGAUACAGACACUAAGUGCUGAAUGCGUUUGGAAAUCUCAUCAGGUCUUUUAGAGCCAGAAGUGAGACACUCUGCCCUGCUGGCAUAUUCACCACAUGGCACGGUGCUCCCGAGCUGGCUGAACUGAGCAGAACUCACAGCUGUCUACAGCCAUGCCAGGGUCAGACCCGGUGGCUGAAGCCGUUUGCCAGCCUUGGAGUCUCCUCCCACCCUGCAGCAGAUAGCAAGGGCCUCUACUUUACUGAAAAAUGGAAUUAAAUAACACGUUCCCCUGCCAGGGUUAAAGAUGACAGUCUGUCAUCUGUAGGUGUCAAUGGUGCUAUUUCCUAUGCAAAUAAGCUGUUUGAUUUGAUUUUACUGGGUAUCUUGCUAUGUAUCUUGACCAAUCAAAGUGAAAAUAUCAUGAAGCUUAACUGCUUGCAAGUAACUCUCAGUGGUAUAUCUGUUACUGUACUACUUAGGCAAACUUGCUGUGUUUCAGUAUUAGGCAAGAAUGUUUAUCACAUUGUAUUUAACAGCAUCAUGUCUCCAAGUGUUGGCUGAGAGAGGUUUCAUCCCUCCAGUGCUAAUGCACAACAGGCUUCCUACCCCAGAGAUACCUCCUAACAAGUCAUGCAGUAGCAUGAGCCAUAAUUUUGAAUAAAUAUGAAGGCAAUGAACAGGUUUUGUGGAGAUCAAGCAUGUUAACUGGACCACGUUAAUGUGACAUUUAAUUCCUGUCAUGCCAGUAACUCCUCGAAUUUGAUACAUUGUCUUUUAGCAUAUACGUUUGCACAUGCCAUACGUGACUUUAUACUUGAGACUUUAAUACACUCGAGAACACCGUGAAAUGGGUAAAUACAUAACAAAGUUCUUGUUAAGAAAAUUUCAGGAUCUUUUACCCCUGUGAGAUGGUGCAGUGGAAUCUAACUGAAGAUCUGGGGAUUUUUUGGAAAGUCUUUUGGAGCUGUUGCCCAGAGGCUAUGUUAGAAAAAUGAAGCACAACCUGCAUCUUGAAUAGCAAUUAAAAGAUCUGAGCGAGCAAGAUGCAGACUAGAAGUCUGUAACUUCUCCACCUGGAAAAGGGAACACAGCGUAAUUCCUUUUGGUCUAACAUACCCUAGCGUAUAGUUACCCAUCCAAUCUGUUCUGGAGAACACCCUUGAUUGUCUCUGUGCUCUGAAUUUAUUAGCUGCCAUUUCCCUGCUUUUUCUUACAGCUAUUUUCUGGCCAGUUAAAUGGCGUGCACUCAGUGUCAUUUUUUGCUAGUGAGAGGAGUUCGAGACAUGCUGCAAACCCAGGUCAGGACUGGUGCUAAGAGCUACUCAUUCACAGGUGUGUAGUCACCAAAGGGACUUUUCUAUUGCCAUCACAUCUUAUUGAAUCGAGCCCUGUGUGGCAGUGCUUAAAAAGGUAAGAAAGGAGCGGUGUUUGUAGGAUUACUGCUUUAUGAACGAAGGCACCACAAGUUCCAACAGUUUUUGCCUUAGUCUGUGUGCAGGUAUUUGCAGUCUUUGGAAAGGGAGCCCGAGAUUGACUUCUGAAUUAGGUCUGCCAACUGGGCAGAGACUAAACCUACAAGUACAGCCCUGGGCAUGGUCAGAAGCUGCUCUCCAGAAAAUGCAGAUGCCUCUGUGCCUGUGCAGAUGAUUAGGUAUGGUGGAAGGAGGCUGAGGUGGCAGGUAGCCAUACAUUAUCUGUCCAACGACCUGCAAAGCAGCCGUGCAGACAGGAGGUGAUGGAUCAGGGCAGAGAUGGGGUUCACAGCUGUCUCCCUAAUCAUGCUUGAAUAAGGGGAACAUGGCUUUUGCGUCUCAAUACUCCUGCCUUCGCAAUAAAGUGCUGGUGCUUCCUCUUUUUUUGUAAAGUGUCUUGAGGUCUGCCAAAGUGAUGCAGCUACUGCAGGAGAGUGUCAGUUCACUGCAGUAAGGUCUGUUCAUUGAAUCUUAAGCUUAUACCCAGGGAUCCAUUGAUAUUUGUUGCUGGAUUUUUCUGGCUGGCCCUGUGGUAAGAGAGGAUAUGCUGUUAAAAUUUCAUUAGGGAACCAGGCAAUAUAUUAUUUAAAAAUUACAAAGGUGCUAAUCAUAUGUGAGUUCUACGGUUUCACAGGUUUUUUUUUUUUUUAAAUUGUGUAAAUUAUUGCAGUUGUAGCAAACAGACCAUUAUUGCUUUUUUUUUUUUUUUGACCUGUCAAUAAAAAUGCAAAGAUCAUGUGGGGAA